AUGGAUGUCCUCCGCACCACCCUCCAGCCCAUAACCCACAACCUCCCCGCCCCCCUCCGCACCUUCGCCAUCUCCCUCAUCGGCCCAACGUGCUACCAAACCCUCGUCCUCGACCUUGACCUAACCGACCAAGCCUGCCUCAAGCUCGCCCUCUCCAAGGGUCUCGGCAUCGGCAUCGUCGCCGCCUCCUCCAUCGUCAAGGUUCCCCAGAUCCUCAAGCUCACCUCCUCGCGCAGCGCCGAAGGCGUCUCCUUCCUGUCUUACCUCCUCGAGACCGCCGCAUACCUCAUCGGCCUCGCCUAUAACUUCCGCAACGGCUUCCCCUUCUCGACGUACGGAGAGACCGCCCUCAUCCUUGUCCAGAAUGUCGCUAUUGCCGUGUUGGUGCUUCAUUACUCGGGGAAGUCGGGCUUGGCGGCCGCUUUCGUAGCGGGAUUAGCUGGCGCCGCUGGCGCGCUGUUUACUGAGGAGGUUCUGGAUAUGAAGACUUUGGGCUGGCUUCAGGCCGGCGCUGGUGCGCUCGGCGUUGCGAGCAAGGUGCCUCAGAUUGUCGCCAUUUGGGCUGAGGGCGGCACUGGUCAGCUCAGUGCUUUUACCGUCUUCAACUACCUCCUCGGAUCCCUCACCCGCAUCUUCACCACCCUCCAAGAAGUAGACGACAAGCUCAUCCUCUACGGCUUCAUCGCCGGCUUCGUCCUCAACGCCGUCCUCGCCGCCCAGAUGCUCUUCUACUGGAACUCGCCCUCCUCCACGAAGAAGCCCCGCGUCGUCGCCGUCCCUCUGAAGCGUGAGGCCGCCGCGCCUAUUGUGCCUUCGUCUUCGGCUAAGUCGACGGGUACCACGCCCAGGAAGGGUCCUACCACCAGGAGGCGGGGUUGA